UCAGAUCGGUCGUCUCUCUUUGAAGAGUGAGUUUUCCUCUUCUUCACUCUUCACUUCUGAAACUAUCUAUCUCCGAACUGAAACAGAUUGGUCGGAUUCGAAUCGUGUCGUAAAAACAUUUCCUUUUGUCAUGUAUUCUUCUCUGUUACUCCCCAGCAAAAGAUGUAUCGAGCUUCACAAAUCUUCUACCUUUAGAGUCAUCUCAGUGAAGCUUCUUCAAAAUGAAUCUCCUUUUCGCAAUCCCCUCUCCUCCUCUGCGUCCACUGUUCAAUCAGAUUCAGUCCUGAAUCUUCUCACAAGCUACGGCUUCACAGCCACUCAGAUCUCCAGAAUCAUCACCACAUACCCACGCCUCCUCACACUCGACGCCGAAACCUCCCUUCUCCCAAAGCUCCAAUCUUUACAGUCCAGAGGAGCUUCAACCUCCGACCUGACCGAGAUCAUCUCGAAAGUCCCCAAAAUCUUAUCCAAGAGAGGCGCCAAAUCCACCGCCUUGUACUUCGACUUCAUCAAAGACAUCAUCCACAACGAUGGUAAGAGCUCUCAUUCUUCUACGAUUAUUGGUAAGCAAGGGAACAAGAUGAGAAACGUAACCGUUCUGAGAGAGAUGGGAGUCCCUCAACGGUUCUUGUUCUCGCUCCUCGUCUCAGAGAGCCAACCUGUGUGCGGGAGAGAGAAGUUUGAAAUGUCAGUCAAGAAAGUAGUCGAGAUGGGGUUCGAUCCCGCGACGUCGAAGUUCGUGCAAGCGCUGCACGUUUUCUACGAGAUGAGCGAGAGAACGAUAGAGGAGAAAGUUAGCGUGUAUAACAAGUUAGGGUUUAGGGUUGAGGAAGUUUGGGAGAUGUUUAACAAGUGGCCUUACUCUUUGAAAUUCUCCGAGAAGAAGAUUACACAGACGUUCGAGACGCUGAAGAGGUGCGGUUUGGGGGAUGAGGAGGUGGUGGCGGUGAUGAAGAAGCGUCCGGAGUGCAUGCGUGCCUCCGAGGAGAAGAUAACGAGCUGCGUGGAGACUUUCUUAGGGAUUGGAUUCAGCGGUGAGGAGUUUGUGUCGAUGGUGAAGUGCUUCCCCACUUGCGUGGGGCUGUCUGCUGAGAAUGUGAGGAGGAAGGUUGAGUUUCUGGUGGGGGAGAUGGGGUGGGAGUUGAAGGAUGUGGUUGGGAUACCUCCGGUGCUUGGGUAUAGUUUGGAGAAGAGGAUGGUUCCGAGGUGUGGUGUGGUAAGAGCUCUUGUGGAGAAAGGAGUGAUGAUGGGAAGAGAAAGUGGGAUACCUCCGAUGUCGUCUGUUUUGGCGUGUAGUGAUAAGGUGUUUUUGAAUAGGUUUGUGAUGAAGCAUGGGAAGCUGGUGCCUGAGCUGAUGGCUAUCUUUGCUGGUGAUAAGAGAAAGGUUAAAGGAUUGUGUGUUUCUGUGAGUUGAUUCUUGUAUUUGUUUAGUUCUUUGGUCUUGAUUUGAUUUGUUAAACAGAUUUGAAAUUGAUAUGGUGAUUGAAUGAAAAGCUUGUGAGAUU